AUGGUGUUGUGGAUGAUCGGCCUGGGGCUCGGUGAUGAGGGCGACAUCUCCGUGAAGGGGCUGAAGGCAGUGCAGCAGAGCGCUUACAUCUACUUGGAAGCGUACACGUCCAUCCUGCCAGGCCUGGACAAGGAGACACUGGCAGCUGCGUAUGGCGUGCAAGAGAUCUUGGAGGCCGAUCGCGAGCUGGUGGAAAGUGGCUGCGAAGAGAUGCUGGAGCGAGCAAAGGAUCAAGAAGUGUGUUUCCUCGUGGUAGGAGACCCGUUGUGCGCCACCACUCACACAGACCUGUGGCUCAGAGCAAGGCAACGUGAGAUCCCUGUACGAGUGAUCCACAACGCCUCUGUCAUGAAUGCUGUGGCUUCCUGCGGGCUGCAGCUUUAUCGUUUCGGUGAGACGGUGUCCAUCCCCUUUUGGCAGGAUGGCUGGCGGCCUGACAGCUGGUACGACAAGAUCCUGAAGAACAAGAGGGCUGGGCUUCACACGCUGUGCCUUCUCGACAUCAAAGUCAAGGAGCAAUCGGUCGAAAACCUGAUGCGUGGGCGGAAGAUCUACGAGCCGCCUAGAUUCAUGACGGUGCGCCAGGCCUUGGAUCAACUUAUGGAAGUUGAGAAGGCCAAAGAAAUGGGCGUCUCCACUGGCCUGGCGUUUGGUUUAGCACGCCUGGGCCGUGAGGACCAGGUCAUUCGUGCGGGGCCAGUGGAGCAGCUUGCGGAGGCCGAGUUUGGAGGCCCACUCCAUUCCUUGGUCAUCUGCGCAGACGACCUGCACGAGCUGGAGCAGGAGUUCGCCAAGCACUACCAGCUGUGA